AACUACCAUUCUCUAUUUCAAGGAGUUUGGUUUUUUAGAUUCCACAUAUAAAGGAAGAUCAUACAAUAUUUGUCUUUCUCUGACUUAUUUCACUUAGCAUAUGCCCUCGAUGUCCAUCCAUGUUGUUACAAAUGGUAGGGUGUACUUCAUUUUAAAGGCUGAGUAAUAGUCCAUUGGAGAUAUAUAUAUCACAUAUUGUUCGUUCAUCCAUCCAUCAAUAGACACUUAGGUUGUUUCCAUGUCUUGGCUAUUGUAAAAAAUGCUGCAGUGAGUAUGGGAGUGCAGAUAUAUCUUUGAUACUGUUUUCGUUUCCUUUGGAUAUCUCUAUUGGUAUUUUCUUGAUUAGAAACAGUCAUAAUUCUGCCAGCAGAAUCAAAAUGACACAUAACUAGACACAGCGUUUCUCAAUUCAUUAAUAUCACUUACAUAGUGAUUUAAUUUCAGUCACCAUGAAUAAAUACACAAAAUCAUGAUAAGAGUUCACAGAGAUACAUUCAGUUUUCUGUAUCUUGUCCACUUCACAAAGCCACAAUACCAUGGACAUUGCAUGAUAACAUUGCUAAUUCCACUAAGCCUAUCCCAUAAUUCCAUGCAAUACCAAAUCAGUCUUAAAAACCACUUACUCCAUUGUCCCACUGAGCCGCAAACUCAUGACUAACAACUAAUACUGCAAGGUUUAUCAACUUCUUAGAAAGUUAAAUAUAAGCUGACCUGUUACCCAACAUUUUUUUCUUCUAGGUAUUUCCCCAGGAGAAAUGGAAACAUGCCAGCUUUAUUUAUAAUAUAUAAAAUCUGGAAAUACAACAGAUGUUCACCAAGAGAAAAAGAAAUAAAUUGUGUCAUAUUCACACAAUUGAAUGCUGUCCAUAAAUAAAAAAGAAUGAACUACACAACAUUAAUAAACCUUACGAAACUAGGAUGUGCAAAAGGAGGUAUGUGUAAUUGCAGAACAGACAAAACUAAAUUAGGCGAGUAUCUGAGAAUUAUGGUUGUCUGUCGUGAGACUGACUGGAAAAGGAUACCAGACAGACGUACACAGAAUGAGAAUCUGCUGCGUGCCAGAUGCCGUUCUGGGUGCCGGGGCUUUUUCAAGGGGCAAAACUGAAAACUCCUCACCCUCUGGUUCACGACCACCGAUCUGGGGUCCCGCCCAUACAGGCCUGAGUGAAGAGAAGACUCGACGGGCACCGGCUCCCAGGUCUCGCUGCGGCCAUUUCCGCCCAAACUACGGUCUCCUCUUCAGCCUUUCUUGGCUCGACCUCCCUCAGCAGGGAAUUCCCGAUUCCCUCCCAGGUCUUCCUCGACCAGGUUCCUGAUUCCCUCUUUUCUCCUCAACGCUCCUGGGUCUGGGAUUCCGGUUCUCCCCCGGUCCUCCCGGACACAAGCUGCUUCCGUCUUCCGCCCCGCCCCCAGCAGGCUUCCGCUUCCUCGUUUCCCUUUCUCCCGCCCAGGUUUGCGAUCACUUCCUCGGCUUGGGCUCUAGGUCCGCCCGAGACUCCUCGCUUCCAAGAAACCAUCACCCGGCCCUUCGGCUGCUGACGAAGCGCCAGCUGCUAGCCCCCGCCGCCGAGGAGGAGCGAUCCGCGCACCCUGGGACUGCCAGGAGUCUCCGUCCGUUGCCCCACGGGCUGCCCUCGACGACCUGAACAUUUUCAGUGUUGGGCUACGUUUCCCACAGCUCCCAGGGCCACGAAUGAACUUUGACUUUGGGUUCCCCUUCCGGCAUCGUGGUUAUUGGGUUAUGCUUGUUCUGCAAGAGAAGCCCCCUGAAGUGGAGGAGAGCGUUGCUACUUAAAAGCCCAUUCAAGUUUUGACGGGGGAGCAUGUCAUCAGAGUUCCUCACGCUGUCAUGGCAGAAAUGGAAUUCCCUGGCCAAUUCUUUACAAUUCUAAGCAUGGACCAUGAAUUGGUGACAUUCAGGGAUGUGGUCAUCAACUUCUCUCAAGAGGAAUGGGAGUAUCUGGAUUCAGCUCAGAGGGACUUAUAUUGGGAUGUGAUGAUGGAGAACUAUAGCAACUUGGUCUCACUGGAUUUGGAGUCCAAAUAUGACACCAAGUGUUUAUCUACUGGAAAGGACGUUGAAAACAAUGGCUCUCAAGGGAAAGUAACAGAAAAUAAAUUCAUUGGUCUUGAGAGCUGCAUUUUCAGAAAUGACUGGCAAAGCAAAAGCCAGACUGAAAUACAAAGACCUGAAGUGGGAUAUUUCAGCCAAAUGAAAAUCAUCUCUGAAAAAAUGCCCAAUUAUAAACAUAAGUCUCUUAUAUCACAUCAGAGAAUUCAUGAUAGCAAGAAGCUCUAUGAAUGUAAGGACUAUGGGAAGGUUGUUAGCUGUGACUUAAAUUUUGAUGAAUAUGAAAGAAUACAUACUGGUGAGAAAACAUAUCAAUAUAAUGCAUAUUGGAAGACCUUUGAAGAUGAACCACAUACCCUGCAACUGAGUAUACACAGUGAUGUGAAACCUUGUAAAUAUAUAGAAUAUGAGAAUGCAUUUAGUUUUUAUGAAGACCUUACUAUACACCGUAAAAUGCAUGAUGAUCAAAGGUGCUAUAAAUGUAAGGAAUAUGAAAAGACCAUUAGAAGAGUUGAAGAAAUAACUCCACUUCAAAUAAUUAAUGAUGGUGAGAAACCCUAUGAAUGCACUUUCUGUGGAAAAUUCUUUAGAGUGCAUGCACAACUUACUCGACACCAGAAAAUCCAUACUGAUGAGAAACCUUACAAAUGUAUGGAAUGUGGCAAGAACUUUAGGUUCCAUUCACAGCUAACUGAACAUCAGAGAAUUCAUACUGGUGAGAAACCAUACAAAUGUAUACAGUGUGAGAAAGUCUUUAGAAUUAGUUCACAGCUUAUUGAACAUCAGAGAAUUCAUACAGGUGAGAAACCUUAUGCAUGUAAAGAAUGCGGGAAGACCUUUGGAGUCUGUAGAGAACUUGCUCGACAUCAGAGAAUUCAUACCGGAAAGAAACCUUAUGAAUGCAAGGCAUGUGGAAAGGUCUUUAGAAACAGUUCAUCCCUAACCAGACAUCAGAGAAUUCAUACUGGUGAGAAACCCUAUAAGUGCAAGGAAUGUGGGAAAGCUUUUGGAGUAGGUAGUGAACUUACUCGACAUCAGAGAAUUCACAGUGGUCAGAAACCUUACGAAUGUAAAGAAUGUGGAAAAUUCUUUAGACUUACAUCAGCACUUAUUCAACAUCAGAGGAUUCACAGUGGUGAAAAACCUUAUGAAUGUAAGGUAUGUGGGAAGGCUUUUAGACAUAGUUCAGCCCUUACUGAACAUCAGAGAAUUCAUACUGGAGAGAAACCUUAUGAGUGCAAGGCAUGUGGGAAGGCCUUUAGACAUAGUUCAUCCUUUACAAAACAUCAGAGAAUUCAUACUGGUAAGAAACCCUAUGAAUGUAAGGAAUGUGGGAGUGCCUUUAGUCAAAACCUCAUAGAACAUAAGAAAAUGCAUACUGGAGAAAAGUCACAUGAAUGUACUGAAUGUGGUAAAGUUUUCUCUCGAGUCUCAUCCCUUACUCUACAUUUGAGAAGUCAUAUGGGAAAGAAACCAUAUAAAUGUAAUAAAUGUGGAAAAGCCUUCAGCCAGAAAAGAAACUUCCUUUCUCAUCAGAAACAUCAUACUGGAGAGAAACUUUAUGAAUGUGGGAAAGCUUCUAUUCAGAUGCCAGGCCUCAUUAAACACCAGAGAAAUCAUACUGGAAACAAACCCUAUACAUGUAAGGAAUGUGGAAAAGCCUUCAAUGGCAAAUCAUAUCUCACUGAGCAUGAGAAAAUCCAUACAGGAGAGAAACCAUUUGAAUGUAAUCAAUGUGGAAGGGCCUUCAGCCAGAAGCAAUACCUCAUUAAACAUCAGAAUAUCCACAGUGGAAAGAAACCCUUUAAAUGUAAUGAAUGUGGAAAAGCCUUUAGCCAGAAGGAAAACCUUAUUAUCCAUCAAAGAAUACAUACCGGAGAGAAACCUUAUGAAUGCAAAGGGUGUGGGAAAGCUUUCAUUCAGAAGUCAAGCCUCAUUAGACACCAGAGAAGUCAUACGGGAGAGAAGCCCUAUAUAUGUAAAGAAUGUGGGAAAGCCUUCAGUGGCAAAUCAAAUCUCACUGAGCAUGAGAAAAUUCAUAUUGGAGAGAAACCCUAUAAAUGUAAUGAAUGUGGAACAAUCUUUAGGCAGAAGCAAUACCUCAUUAAACAUCACAAUAUUCAUACAGGAGAGAAACCCUAUGAAUGUAAUAAAUGUGGAAAAGCCUUCUCUAGAAUCACAUCACUCAUUGUGCAUGUGAGAAUUCAUACAGGUGAUAAACCUUAUGAAUGUAAAAUAUGUGGGAAAGCCUUCUGUCAAAGCUCAUCUCUUACUGUUCAUAUGAGAAGCCAUACAGGUGAGAAGCCCUACGGUUGUAAUGAAUGUGGGAAAGCCUUCUCUCAGUUCUCAACUCUUGCUCUACAUAUGAGAAUCCACACUGGAGAAAAACCUUAUCAGUGUAGUGAAUGUGGCAAAGCUUUUAGCCAGAAGUCACAUCAUAUUAGACACCAGAGAAUUCAUACUCACUAAAACUCUAUGAAUGCCUUGAACUUAGCAAAACUUUCAUCAGAACACACAUUUAAUGUUACACUGAAGAUUUGUUUUAUAAUAAAGUGACAUGAAUGUGGGAAAUACUUCACCAACAACUCAAAACUUAAAUACUAACAAUUUUAAUAAGUAUCUUAAUAUCAUGAAAACUUAGGUACUCCCAGAACUCCCACAACAAACAUUGUUAAUGAUGUACUGUUAGGAGCAAUCUAAUUGAAGUAAGGAUCCAGUCAUGAACACCAAGCAACAUGGUUCUGGAAGGCCUACCUGAUGCAUUAAGAGGUAUAAAGAUUUGACAUUAAGAGAACUGUCAUUUUAAAAAUGUUUUGCUACAUAUGUAAUGAAAAUUAUUUGUUCUUGGUGCAUUUGUAGAAAUCAGAAAUUGGAACAGAAUAUUAUCUUCUGAAACAUGCAUGCCUUUAUGGGGAAUUGUUAACUGAUAGAGGUGGUAUCACCAGUUGGUAGGGAAAUCAUGGAUGAUUCAAAAAAUGGUCUCAGGGUAACUGACUCUUCAUGUGGAAAAAUAUUAGAUCUCUGCUGUAGUAAUACAUUAUUUAUUAUAAAAUCCAAAAGUACUGAAGAUUAGAAUGCAAAAAGCAAAACUUAGUAAUAUAAGAAUUUUAUAGGAGAAUGUUUUUAAAACCUUGGAGUAGGAGGGAAUUUCUAAAAUAGAUUCCAGAAUACUCACUCUUGAGUAUACAUGCAUAUCCCCACAAAACCGAUACAUAUACCUAGGGAGUCAUGUACUUCUGUGCUCAUUGAAGCACGAAUUAUAUUAGCAAAAAAUUGGAAACAAAUAUCUGUUGCUUGUGAAAUGGAUAAAUAAAAUGUGAUAAGAGCACACAGAAUAUUCUGAGUAAAGUAUAACAGGUUUAUAUAUAUAUAUAUAUAUAUACACACACACACACACACACACACACACACACACACACACACAUAGAAAGACCUGAAAAAUCAUGUAGAGUGAAAAUGAAGGGAUAAAUAUAAUCGUAACUGAAUUUGAAUGAAAUUAACACUAGCAAACACUAGUAUUAAGCAUUGAUUAUGAAUAAAUAUUUUUAUGUAAAUCUAAAGAAUGAAUUGGAAGGAUACACACUCAAUUUCCAAAAGAGGUUGCCUCUAGAAAGAAAGGUAGUGGAAAAGAAAUAGCUAAAAGAUACUUCAGUUUUGUAUCUAUAUAACUAUGAUUAAAAAGAAAUAAAGACUCCAGAUUACUAUAACAAAAUGAUAGUUACGUCUGGGUUGUAGUAAUGUGUUUUAUUGUUUGUACUAUUUCUGAAAAUUAAAAAAGAUAAAGAUAGGACUAGGAAAGGUGUACAUGGAGUACAUGUAAUAUAGACUCACAGUCCAGAUAGAUGCUAAUAUUUUAUAGGAAAUAUUUCUAAAAUAAUACCUUUACUAUAAGUCAUUUUUGAAAAUUGGGAUGGUAGCUUAAAUUAUUUAAAUUUACUCUUGCAUGUGACGUCACUAAUCUGUGUGAUCUCUUAGAAGUUAUAGCAUGAUUGUGCAACAGGUUGGUUGGAUUACAUUCAUUUAAAGAUCAUUUAAUAAUAUAUGCACAGACUUGAUAUUAAAAAUUGGUUUCUACUGAAAUAUUUAUUAGAAAUCUUAAAAGUCCACAUACUAGUGUUGGCAUUAAGAAUUUGAUAUUUUUAAAAUGAGGAAACUAAGUUACUCUCAAACUUUUAAACAUGCCACUAAGUAAAAUGUCAAUUCUCGUGUAUCUCACCUUCAAUUUUAACCUCAGACUUUUUUUUCUUUAUCUGCCAGAUACACUCAAUCAGUACCCCCUGUUUGUUUCUUUGGGGAAAGUAGUGCUAAAAAAGAUCUGAGACCUACACAAUAUUGUUUUAUUUGAAGCAAAUCUUUCUGAGGAUUUUUGUUUACUCAGUCUCUUUCCACAACAACUUAACAUAGAAAAAGUUGUUAGUGCUCUUUUUGAAUAGUGAUAAAAAUGUAUACACAACAUUUAAACCUUAGGCAUAUUUCAAAUAUAUCAAUUUCUUUUAAAUUCAAAAUAAUUAAAUGCUAAUAGAACUGUAUCACUAUACUACUUGUUAGAGGUUUUGAACAUUGGUCUUGAGAGAAGAUUAUAAAUGCCAGGGGUUGGUUUUCUGGGGUAAUGUACCCAAAUAACCUGUAUAUCUACAUGAAUCUAAAUUAUCCUUCAUUUUCUUCCAUUCCUCACUAAGCAUUCCCCUCGUGUUCCUUGUUUCACCCUUGAGCUUGUGCAGUUUUGAAGUCACCAGAGCAACUGAAAACUCUUCAUUUUUUUUUAUUAAAAGAUUUUAUUUAUUCAUGAGAGAUACAGAGAGAGAGGCAGAGACCACAGGCAGAGGGAGAAGCAGGCUCCAUGCAGGGAGCCUGAUGCAGGAUUUGAUCGUGAGACUCCAGGAUCACGCCCUGGGCCGAAGGCAGGCGCUAAACUGCUGAGCCACCCAGAGAUCCCAAAAACUCUUAAUUCAAACUAAACUAGGAGGGAUUACCUUUUGGUGCCAGUAGUUGGCUAGUGCCAAGGUACAACAACGAUUAGGAUAGUCACAUAGAGUAAAAUGAGUAAUAUCUGUGAUACUGCACACUUCAAAUUUACUCUGACAUUCCCCCUUACUGAUUCAACUUGUUGCUAGUUAUUUGCCACCACAAAGAACACUACAAUAAGCACUCUUAAAAUUGGACCUUAAAUAUCAGAUAUGUUUAUUUCUAGGGGAUAGAUUACUGGCAAGAGAUUGUUAGAUCAAAGGACAUACGCUAUUUUUUUAUUUUAAUAGAUGCUAUCAGUCAUUUUCAAAAACAACUCUCCUCUAACACUGCAACAGAUAUAUUACUUAAAUUCAUGUUGAUGAGUAUAACCACCUGCUCCUAGAUUUGCUUCUUUGUAAAUUUUUAUAAUGUUAGCUCAUUUUCCUAUAGGAUUAUUUAUCUCUGUCAAUUUUUAAGACCUCUUUAGACAUUAAAGACAUUAGGAAUUUGUCUAAUUUUUGUCUAAUUUGUCUAAUCACAAAAAAAUGAUUUUUCCAUUAAAAUACCCUAAAUUUCUGUGUAACCAGAUAUGUAUUAAUUUUUUCUAAGCUUAUGAAUUGGUUAAGAUAUUUUAAUCUUUCGAUUGUAUAUUUCUUAGGUUUUCCUUGCAAGUUGUUUAUUUGCUUUUUUCAAUAUGUAAAUAUCUGGUCUAUCUAGAAUUUAAUUUUUAAUGUCAUAUAAAAAUGAGGAUUCCUUGUUAUUUUCUUCCAUAUGGGUUUCCAGUUAUACAAGCACAAUUUGUUAAAAUAAUCCAUCUAUUCAGCAGCUGGUCACAUUGUUCUGACCAACUUGUGGUGUCCACCAACAGCAAUCACAGAUUUGAACCACCAAUCAAAAAAACAAAACAGACUUUAACCCAGUUUAUUAUUAGCCUUGCCCUGACCAAAAAACCAAAAACACCUUCAUAGUCCUGUGACUGCCCAAGUAAGCACAGUUUCCAGGGGAGACUCCAGGGGAGUCAAGGUCAGAAUGGAUGUGGUUUACCUAAGCAUUGGGAAACAUUAACAUUCUCAUCCAGGACAUCUUAUGGUAACUCAGUACUGCAUCUGCGUGGUGUGAUAUACACACCCAGUUGUGAAACUGAUACCCACUUAAGCACAGGGAAGCUGCUGCCUUGGUUUCCCAAGACUUAUGAUGCCUUAGUCACAUAGACUAUUGAUGUCUACAUGCCAAUUCACAGCUUCCCCGCAACCUGCCUCAGUCCAGGUA